AUGGAAUCGAAUCCUACUGUUCAAAAGUGCAAAGCAGUUCCAAAGCGAAAGUUGAGUCACAAUGAACUAUUAAUGGAAAAGGGAAAUUCGUGGUUGCUCUCGUCACAUGACAGGUCAAAAGGAAAUCUACGCGAUUAUCAAAGUGUAGAAAAUGAUGGAGUGGUGAAGUUUAGCAAAAACAAUAAAUGCAAAGUUAAAGGAUAUGAAAAACUAACCAAUGGAAAGUUCACGGCCAAGCAACAUCGACAGGCUCAUCAAAUUACUAUUGAUUUGAAGAUCAUCGAACCAUUAGAACUUCUUUACAUUGAUCUUUGUGGUCCUUCGACUAUUGAGAUACUCAACAAAAAGAGGUACAUAUUGGUCAUUGUUGAUGACUUUUCAAGGUUCACUUGGGUUUACUUUCUUCUACAGAAAUCAGGCCCUGCUCAAGUGAUGAUCGAUUUCAUUAAGCAUAUUGAACUAAGUUUGUGCAAGAAAGUGAGAAAAAUCAAAAGUGAACAUGGCUCAGAAUUCAAGAAUCAAGUUCUUUAUAGUGAACUCAAAGAUAAUCUUUCAAAAUUUCAGUCCAUAGCUAAUGAAGGAAUAUUCUUGGGAUAUUCACAUAAUUCGGUGGCAUAUAAAGUGUUGAAUAAACGAACCAGGAAGAUUGAAGAAACUUUUAAUCUAACUUUUGAUGACUAUCAUGUUAAACAAGUCGAAAAACCAUUUGUUCAAAAGCCAAUCAUUUCUGAAACAGCUAUUGAGUCAGAAAUUAAUAAUUCUUUUGAUUUUGAUUAUGACUUAAUUUUUGGUGUUCCUGACAGGGUCAUUGAUGCAGAAAUUCAUGCUGAGGAUAAUCGGAUUCCUAAAGCUUCGAAACAUUCUGAUGAUUCGACAUUAACUCAUGAAAAUGAUGAUUCCUAUUCAACCUCUAAUACUCAAUGUCAUGUCGAUAGUCAUCCUGUGUUACAAGGUGAUCAACUGGAGGGGGAGCACUUGAAUUCGACUAUUAAUGUUGAGGGUGAUCAUGGAAGUUCGAGUACUGAUGUUGAGGGGGAGUGUCCUAUUUCAAAUACAAAUGUCAAGGGGGAGCAUUACCAGUCCAAUCCUAUUGUCGAGGGGGAGCAAAAUGGAAUUUUACCUUAUGAUUCGAACAUACACACUGAUGUUUUUCAUGAUAUACCAGAUAAUGUAUCCAAUGUAGGUGAAGGUUUAGAACCAGAUGAUAUGUUCGAAGAUGCACCUUUGGAUUUCAAUCCAUCCUACCCACCAUUGGACAAGUGGACAAGAAAUCAUCCUAAAGAACAAGUUCUUGGUGAUCCUCAAGCUGGAGUAGAGACAAGAUCCCAGCUUCGAGCUAAAAAUGAGAAGCGAAAACAGUUAAGGGCUUUGGAUGAUAUUGAUUGGAUUGUUGCAAUGCAAUCCGAAUUAGCUAAAUUUGAGAGAAACAAAGUUUGGCGUCUUGUUCCAAAACCAAAUGAAGUAUUAAAACAAGAACGACGAGCCUGGUAUGCAACUCUUACCAAUUUUUUAAAGCAAUCAAAAUUUGAACAAGGAUCAGUUGAUCCCACUCUCUUUAGAAAGAAAGUUCGGAAUCAUUUCAUGCUUGUUCAAAUUUAUGUUGAUGAAAUUAUUUUUGGCUCUACUAACCCUACAUUGUCGAGUGAGUUUGAGAAUAUGAUGAAGAGUCGAUUCAAAGUGAUCAUGAUGAGGAAGAUUAACAAUUUUCUAGGAUUAAACAUUCAUCAAAUCAUAGAAGGAAUCUUUAUCAAUCAAGUGAAGUAUUCUCGCCAUCUGCUUGUGAAGUUUGGAAUGAAGAAUAAUUCGAAAUUGCACAUACCUAUGGUUGUUGGCACAUGUCUUGGACAUGCGUUAGACAAGCCUAUUUUCGCUCUUACAUUGUACAAGAGCAUGAUUAGUUCGUUACUAUACUUAACUGCUAGUCGACUUGAUAUUAUGUUUGUAGUUUGCAAUUGUGCUAGGUAUCAGUCAAAUCCCAGGGAACCUCAUCUAACUGCUAUAAAGAAUAUCUUUCCUUAUCUAAAAGGGAUAAUUUUGUUGGGUAUAUGGUACCCUUCGAAGACUGUUUUCUUUGUUCAAGCAUUUUUGGAUGCCGAUCUGGGUGGUUGUCAACUCGACAGGAAAAGCACUACUAGCGGAUGUUAA